AUGGAGGCAGCUCGGCAUGGACAGUUUUCCCCGCUUUGCGUACUACUUCUCCUCAAUCUCGCUGAACCCAUAUCCGCGACGGUCAUCUAUCCAUUUAUUGCUCAGCUCAUCGAGGAGCUUGGGAUAGCGAGCAAUAAAUCCAGCGUUGGCUACUACGUUGGCUUAGUGGAGUCGCUCUUCUUCCUCACCGAAGCCGUGUUUAUCUUGCAAUGGGGACGACUUUCUGAUCGUAUAGGCCGAAAGCCAGUCUUGAUCACCGGGUUGUUGGGGCUUGCAGUGUCCAUGUUUGCAUUUGGCCUCUCUCAUACUUUGCUGGGUAUCAUCGCAAGUCGUGCAUUGGCUGGUCUUCUAAAUGGUAAUGUGGGAAUUCUAAAGUCGGCCAUUGGAGAAAUUACAGACGAGACGAACAUGGCUCGUGCUUUUUCUUUCAUCCCUCUUAUCUGGUUCGUUGGGUCUACCAUCUCGCCAGUCAUGGGCGGAUAUCUGUCCCAUCCAGCGGAAAGGUUCCCCAAUGUCUUUGGAAAUCCAUUUUGGAUUAACAAUCCCUACUUUCUGCCAUGCUUGGUUGCCGCAAUCUUCGCAUUCGGGUCAGCUAUGUUGGCGACGAUCAUCCUCGAAGAAACUCAUCCCUCACUUCGAAGGCGUCAUUCACGGCGCACAGAUUCGAUGUCGAGUGAGAUGACACUGUUCUCCGAAGAGCAAGGGGAAACGUUACUCUCAAAGGAAGAAGCGCCUCAAGGAUCACCCCCUGUAUCUAUCCGGGAUCUCCUUACGCACAAAAUCGCCAUCUCUGUUCUCAACUAUGGCCUACUGGCCAUCCUAGAAAUUUCAUUCCAGGCCCUCUUGCCCAUCUUCCUCGCAACCGCACUUCAUUUCACACCCUCAAGCAUUGGGCUCGUUCUAGGCGGAGUCGGGCUUGUCAACGGAUGUGUCCAACUCUCCGUAUUCGUGCCUCUACAUCGACGAAUUGGUACGAGGAACAUCUUUACUCUCGGCUUGUCCGCUUUCGGGGUCAUAUACGCCACCUUUCCAUUUAUCCAUCGACACUAUAGCGAACAUGGUGCCCUCGGUUUCAAAGGAUGGUCGCUUAUCCUGCUCAUUACGGUAAUGUGUCCAAUCGAAAACAUGGCAUUCAAUGUCAUCUUUCUCUACGUCCAAGCAUCUUCACCAUCGCAAGAGACGCUUGGCGCAACAAACGGUAUCGCCCAGACGGUUGCAUCCAUUGCGCGUGCAAUUGGACCAGCGGCCACGACCUCGCUCUUCGCUGUUACGAUGCAACGACCGGAUAUUCUUGGAGGCUCGCUGGUGUAUACGCUCCUCAUAAUAGUCACUAUCGGAGCAGUCUGCGCAUCGCGCAGACUACCAGCUGAACCUUGGGCAAGGAAGAAACGAGCAGACCUUUACUGA